AUGAAAUUUCACAUUCUAUUCUCCAUAGUUACAGUUCUGCAGCUUUGCAGAGGUGCAGAUGAUGAAAAGAGUGGAGCCACUAGUGAUUCGAAUCACCUCAGAGUUAAAUCUGCAGACGAAACCGAAAGACCAUUCACUCCAGAACUAACUGAUCCAGUUACUCUAGACAUUAAAGUCCCUGAUCCGCUACGCUUUUCGGUCUUUGAAGACAAUGAAGAUGAGAUUAAGCACAGGGACUUUUACCCAGAGUCGACUAGUUUCAUCGUUUCCAUUACUGAAGGAGAGACUGUAAUAUGGACGGCCAAAGAUGGAGAAAAGUGUGUCUAUGCAGAAAUCUUCAUGGGAGAGGAUUUAAACCUUCUCGGUGUUUCAGUAAGGCUGGCAGCCAAAGUCAGCUUUACCUUUUUCGAGAAGAUUGAUGGCGCCUGGAAGGAGAUAAGCACAGAGAGGUUCCAUACAAUAAUCCAAGGCCUAGAAGAACGAGAGAAUAGCAAGGAUAAGACACCCCCUGCAUCUCCGGGGGAGUCUAGGCGGGAGGGGGUUGCAAAGCCAGACACUCCUGUGGUAAAGUCAAAGAGUAAACGUGCCAAGAAGAAGGCCAGAGAACAAGAGGCCAUGGAAUACGCCAAAAAGAUAGCGAGUCUAAAGAUAGUGGAGCCUGGAGAGGUGACGGAGGAAUACCCAGUCCCGUUACCGCCACCACCUCCGCCCUUUCAUGUAUGCAACUGCAGUUUCAUGUGCUCACCAGGCGCUCACAAACCAGAGGAGUCAAAGAAGGAGGACGGAGACUUGGAUGAAUGUACCGAUGGUCUAGAGGAGGUCUCCCUAGAUGCCGACGUAUUCGAGGGACCAAAGGGAGCAACCGCAGAUUCCAGCACCCAGCAUACACCGUCUCUAGAAAGAAGAUCUUUAGGGCAAAAGAAGAUCCCACUUUCACAAACUGGCCACGGUAAGAAUCCAUUCCUGCCGUUGCUAGACCCUGUCACUAUGGACAUUUGCAAACCAGACAAGUUCCUGGUUGGCGUUGAAGAAGACUACGACGGUGAAACGAGGAAUGUGAUCCUGGAGCCCAGGGAUGACAUUAGUGUAGUCUCAAUCACAGAAGAUGGCGUUCCAAUAUGGUCAGCCUCUGGAGAUGAAAAAUGCACAUGCGUCGAGGUCUCAAUAGGGGAAAACUACAAGAUCGUCUACCUCGACAUCAGAGAGGAGAGAGAAGUCGUAUCAAAGUGCUUUGAGAAGGUCAAUGGAGAAUGGAAAGAGAAUGAAUGCAAUGCCGCUAUAUGA